AUGGAGCGCCGGGAGGUGCGCGCAGGCUGGGGCGGCGCGGUCAGGGUGUUCGUGGUGCCCGUGGUGAACGUGGAGGUGUUCGAGCACGGCCGCGGCGGGCCCGCGAUCCAGCCCCACCUGCAGUCGACCCCGGAGGUCGCCAACAGGGGGUGGAGAGAUUAUGCGGAGGGCUUGAGGCGCCUGGUUCGCACUUUCGGAGCCCUCGGAGUUCCCGCCACCGCGGUCAUCAACAGCGACGCCGCCAAGCUGGUCACUGUGUCGGCCCUGUUGAAACAGUCAGGCUGGGAGCUUGGGGCCCACGGGAUCAACAACUCCUCGGGGCACUCUCGAAUGGAUCGCGAGGAAGAGGUGGUCGCUUUCGGGACAUGCCUCAAAGAGCUCGAGGCAUCACUUGGUAGCCGCCCCCAAACCUGGCUGACACCGCAGUUCUCGGUCACUGAGCGCACCCCAGAGAUUGCAGCGGCAGCCGGAGUUCGGAUUUUCCUCGACUUCGUCGAUGACGAUGUGCCUUUCGAUGUGGUGCACACGCCGACGGGCAAUCGCAUGUUGUGCUUGCCGUACUCGAUGGAGACGAACGACUUCUCGCUCGUCCUUGCCAAGAACUUCGACCCCCGGCAGUACGCCCAGGUCAUUGAGGACCACGUGCAGCAGCUGGCCUCGGAGCCGGGCGGCUCCAAAGUCGUGUGCCUCGGCAUGCACACCUUCGUGGCGGGCACACCCGCGAGGGCUCUGGCGCUCUCGCGCGUGCUCGGACGCCUAACGUCGUGCCCUGCCGUGGCCUUCGCCACAGCUGCGCAGGUCCACGACCUGGUGAGAAGCGGCGAACCGCCGCGCUGA